AUGCCGGCCUUUUUUAUUCCAACCGGGGAACUUUUGGCCAGUAGCUUGGCUCUGGAAUAUUGGCGGAUACAUAGGAUUGUACCAGCUAAAAAUGUUGAAAUAAAAGAAAGUAUUAUUGAAGCGAAAUAUAAAGAUGAUCAAUAUUUAUUAAGCAUAAUUACGGAAGAAAGAAGGUUGUUGGCGAUAUAUGGAUCAAAGACAAUUCAUCUUAUUGAAGCCAUUAUCGAAUACGAUGUAGACAAUAUAAUAUCAAAAUUACCACCUUUAAGAGAUUGGAUACAUGAUGCACAAUGGUUAUAUGGAAAUUCUACAAGAUUUCUUGGUGAUACAAGAGAUAGUUUAAUAUUAGCAUCAGGAACAGCUUUUAGCCAAGUGAUUUUAUGGAAAAUUACACAAAAGAAUACACAGGGUAAAGGUGUUGUGUUUAAGAAACUUAUCGGUCAUGAGGGUUCUGUAUUUGGUGUGAGAUUUAAUGAGGAUGUCCUAUAUGGGCAUAUGGCACGCGUUUGGGAUUGUCUUAUAUUAGACGACCAUCUUAUCAGUAUUUCUGAGGAUUCAACAUGUCGCGUUUGGCAUAACAGAAUUAAUAAAAGCAUGGAUGAUGAAAGUGAUGUCGAUUGCCUUGCAUGUUGGGAAGGUCAUGUUGGUAAAAAUAUUUGGAGCUUAGCGAUCAAUCCGUCAAAAACAAUUGUGGCAACGGGAGGUGGAGAUUCUGGUAUUCGGUUGUGGUCUUUAUCAUCUGUGACUAAUAAUAAAAUAGAUUCAGAAAAAGAUUUAAUUAAGAUUAUAUUACCACCUGUCGACACUUAUACCCAAUUGAAUACCAAUCAAAUUUCUUUGCCAUCAAGAGAACACAUUCGUAAUUUUGUUCUUGUAGAUUAUUGUACGAUUGUAGUUGCUACAAAUUUUGGAUACUUGUUAAAACAUAAUCACAUCACUAAUGAAUGGACACCAUUAAAUAGCUCGACUAAUUUGCAAAAUUAUACAAUGAUGAAAGCUUCAAAAUGUGGAAGAAUUGUAUGUUGUGGAAGUAUUGAUGGAAAUGUAUAUGUUGUUAGUGUGAAUAAGAAAUUCAAGACCAUAAAGAAGAAAUUACAUGAAUUUAAGGUGUUUGAAAUAUUUUGUGAAGAAUCUUCAGAUCCUGAUAUCAUUUAUGUAAUAUCACAUGCAGUACAUAAUGACAUAUAUAUUCUUAAAUUGGAAUUAAAUUGUAAAAACACAGAUAUUCCUAAAUUUGAAAUUUACCAUAAACUGCUUGUUCCACAAAGUUUCUUACUCAUGUCUCUAGCAUUCUGCCCACGUUACAACCUUUUAAUAUGCGGAUCACGAGAAAGCGGGUUAAUAAUAUUUAAAAUGGCGUAUGACAUUACAGAUAAGGAGCUUGAUAAGUCUUCAAUCGAGAUGUCACCAGUAAUUUAUCUAAAAGAGACACAUGGAAAACAAGCAGUAACAUCAGUAGCACUAAAAUUUGAUAGUUCUGGGAAUAAUAACGAAGAUGAUUUAUUAACUAUAUAUACAUCUGGGAGGGAUGGUGGAUAUGUAAAAUAUAGGUUGAAAUGUUUACCAACAAUUGGCGAAUCUUAUAAUAGUUUUGAGGAAGGCUGUAAGAUGAUGGAAAAUUAUCUUCAUGGAUAUGAUUUAAUAUUAGAAGAGGUUUAUAGAGCAAAAAUUACUAAAGGGUGGAUAGAAAAGGUAAUGUUUGUAGACGAUGAAUUGAUAUUGUUGGGAUUUUACAGGAAGAGAUUUUUUGUAUAUAAUGAUACCAAAAAAUUUGAGAUGCUUUCAAUUGCUUGUGGCGGUGCCCAUCGAGUUUGGCAUUUUAAGGCCCAAGAUAAACGAAUGAAUAAAGCUAGUUUUAUGUUUAUUCGUAAGGAGAAUAUAUUUAUUUACUCAAGAGAGACCACGGUGACAAACGAAGGAUUUAAUGAAUGCAAAUUACAAGAAAAUUUUCAUGGAAAAGAAUGUAGAAAUGUGAAAUUUUUGCCGUAUCCUCUAAAUGUUUCACAUAAUUAUCAUUCGUUCAAAAAUGAUCCAAUUAUAUUUGCUACUGGGGCUGAGGACAAUAUACCUGGCGAGAAAGAAAAUCACUUGUUUAGCUUGUGCAGUAUUAAAAAACAUAGUUCUGUAAUUAAGAACAUAGAAUGGAGUCUUGGCAAUGAACUAUUAUUAUUCUCAUGUGGUGCAAGUGAAGAAUUAACAUGUUGGAAAGUUGAAAUUAAAAUUAUGCAUGACCAAAAAGAUAUUUCAAUACAAACGCCCUUUGUCAACAUAAAUUGUCUGGAAUGGGCAUCUUGUCCUGUCGUCAGUGAGGUUUUAGAAACUAGAAUAAUGGAUACAAGUAUUUUUCCAAUUAAUACAAGUAAUGGGCAUCAUAUAAUUGCAGCCGUAUAUUCUGAUUCCAUAUUAAGGGUUUGGCUAUUUGACGAAAAAAAAAGAAAUUUCUUUUUGAUUGGAAUGGCUAAAUUUCACAAUAAAUGUAUUUUACAAGUAAAACAUAUGGUUAUUAAAGCAAGAGAAUCAAUGACCGAAGAUGGCUUACUAUUAUUCACAUCAGCAACCGAUGGCAGGAUUGCUAUAUGGGAUAUUUCGUAUUACAUUCAUAGCUAUUUAAUUUCAUACGCUACCGAAGUACCGUUCCAACAUCACACCCCAUUCGAUCUAGGCGUGCCAAUUUUCUCAUACCAAGCGCAUCAGUCUGGAGUAAAUUGUCUCGCACUUCAUCACAUGAAUAACCCAGCUACUUCUAACUUCAUAAAAGAAUCAUAUUUAGUUGUAACCGGUGGAGAUGAUAAUGCUAUAGCUGCUAUAGUUUUGGAAUUCACAUAUGAAGUUAAAGAAAUGAAUUAUGUCUGA